AUGAGCUAGCAAGUCACUUAAUCGGAAUCUAAAUAGGAAACAUAGCAAAGCAAAUUCAGCAAGAUCGAAACUACAUCAGAGUAAUUCGAAGAUUAAAUAAGAAAGAAUAAAGCAAAGCUAUCUGAAAACGACAGAAUUAAGAUUUUAGUUGUUAGAGUUUGUGAAGAUAGCCCUAAAACAUUUGUGUUGUCAAUAAGAAAGUUGGCUGAUUAAAUUAUUGAAUAUGCCCAAAAACCCGAAAAAGUAGAAUACAAAGAUGUACUAAUCAGAUAUUUCGUUGAUUCAGUAUCCCUUUUGUCAUUUAAGCAAGCAGUUUAUGCAACCGUACUUUCUUUAGUUUUCUUAAAGUCUAAGAGUAUUUUUGAUGAACUACUUAAAAGAAUCACUGACUAGUUCCAAAAGAGUCUUGAUAAUGGUGAAAGAAUUAAGUCUAAGAACAUUUUGAUAUUUUUGGGAGAACUCAUGAACAUUGGUGUUGUUAAUGGAUUUAAUUACAGAUAAUUAGUUGUUUAAAUACUAGAUCAAUGUAAGUAGCUAGAAAAUUAAGAAGAAAGAGAAUAUUAUCUUUCUAUUGUUGUAGGAAGUUUGGGAUAUGUUUAAGAGUACUUGAUGAAAAAAAUGGGCCAUGAAUAUGAACAAAUUAUUAAAGAAAUACAAAACUUAAUGAAGAAAAGAGAUACUUCUUAUAUCUAGAUAUUCAAGAAUAAAUAUAAUAAAGACAAAGAUUAUGAUAGAUUGUAAAUGUUGUGGCUAAGCAUCUUGCGUGAUUUAGAAAAGUCUAAAAAGCAUUCUUCUAGCUCUAAUGAGACAGUCGAUGUCAAUUAAGAUCAACAUCCUUCUUUAAAGAGACCAUAUUUACAGUUUUCAAAUGACUUAAAGAAUAUUGAAUAGCCAGAAUUUUCUUUUAUUGUAGAAUUUAAGAACAGAAACAGCUCUAAGUGUGUUUAUUAAUCUCCUUUAUUCAGCAGCACAAUCUUAAAAUAUGAUGAGGAAAUAGAGCGUCUGAGAGAAGAAGAAGAGCAAUAAAGAGCUGAUGAAGAAGGCGAAGAGGAAGAAGAAAUUGAAGAAGAAUUAGAUGAAGAAGAAGACUAUGAUGAUGAAGAGGAAGAUGGAGGAAGAGGUUCUAAACCAAAAAAAUCUAAAAAAUCUAAUCAAAGUACUAUUAAAAAAAGCAGUAAAAAGAAAAGCCCAAGAAAAUUAUAUGGAAUCACAACAGAAAGACUAAUUUUCCAUGAAAACAGUUUAUAAACUAUUUAACUUUUUAGACAAUCUAAAAAAAAUUUAUUUGAGUAAAUUAAAAUGCUUGUAAGAAUGUGUGGAGAAGAAACUUAAACUUAGAAAUAAGAAGCUGAAUUUAUUUUUAAUUCAUUUGUCGAUUUGUUAUUUGUCGAAAGUGUGAGAAGCAAAAAUGGCACUCUUGAAGAUCAAAUAGCUUCUAGAGUUUUAUAUUUCAGUUCAUUGGCAAAUACAUUGCAUUCUUUGAAGAAAGAUGAAAGUGCAGAUAUUAUUUAUGAUGCUUUUAAUGAAGUUUACCGCCAUUUAAAUGAAUAUACAGCUGAUUCUGUGGAGAGUUUGGCUGAGUUCAUAAGCCAUGUUUUAAGUGAAACUCAUUUAUCAUUCCCAUGGGAAAGAAUUACUUUGGCUGUUUCUAAGUAAGAAAUUGCUUCAUCAGUCAAUCCUUAAGUUCUCUUAUGGAGAGAUAUAAUUUACAAAUUGUGUUUACUUUGUGGCAGAGAAAAAGUUGAAAAUGCUUUGAAGGGAAGCAACGGCUAAGACGAAACUCCUGCUAACAUUUUACUAUAAUUCCUUACCCCUAUCUAAGUUAAAGAGAUUAUCAAAACUAAAUAUUAGCAAGAUCCUUUAGCUCAAAGAUUCAUGGAACUUUUAGUUCAAAAGAAAACUCAUGAAGAAAUGGGCGAAGAAAUCAACGAGGCUUUGAAAGAAGGAAUUGACGAUGAAGGUGAAGAUGAAAAUGAAAAGAAAAAUUUUGUUAUCAGUGUUUUCUUGGAAUGCUUAUUUUUCAGAUCUUGUGAGACUUUCACUCACUUAAAAAUCUUGUAUGACAGAUAUGCUCCUUUGUUGAAAAAGUUAUUAGAAGAACACGGAGAAGUCUUUUAAAACGCUCUUGUAAACACUCUCCUAUUAUUCUGGUAGAAUAACUCAUCAAAUCUUGAACAUUAUUUGAAGAAAUUUAUCUCUAACAAUUUUAUUACACCAUAAAUUGUUGCUUCUUCCAUCUUCGAACACUUAAAAGAGCUGAAAGCUUCCUCUGCAUCUGUAAGAUAAGUUCAUCAACUCUGGCUCUUCUUGAGAAGAAUCACUUUUAAUAUUUUUGAUACAUUCCACAACUACACAGAAGAAGUUAAUUCAAAUAUAUAUCAAGGACAAGACGAAGAAGAAAAAGCAGGAGAAGUUGAAACACUCUCUUAAAAAUUAGAAAAGGCUAAACAACAAUUAACCGAACUGCUUGAAAUUAUAUUCAGCCAAUUUGAAUCUAUAUUUAGCGAAGUCACAGCAGAUGAGAUAAAAGAUAAGCAAUACGACACCUAUUUCUUGUACUUUUACAGAAAGUAUAAAAAAUUUGUAGAUUGGGAAAAUACUUAUCAAAGUUAAUUUAGCUCAUUUAAAAAUAUUCCAUAGAAUGUUAUUCAAAGCUAUAGAAUCUGA